AGCACUAAACCCAGUUCUUGUUGUUCUUGCUAGCCUGGUCACUAACACACGCUAAUUAGCUGUCAAUUGAUUAACUUUAGUCCGCCGCUGCUUGGUGUCCUCCUUCUCUUUCGUUAGACCGUUGGCCGUAGAAUAAAAACAAAGAUAAAAGGAUAAUAUGACAUCACAUUAAUUAAAGUCUGUGAAAGUGAAAUUACACAAUAUUUCCAAAGUCGAGGAGUUCUGACGGAGUCUCAAGUUUGGAACAGACGACAGAGCCUCACCUGAGGCUGUUGGUUCAUAGAGCAGCUCUGACACAUAGUCCGGGGACAGGCCCAUUUUAGACAAAACAUUUAAUUCUACAGGAAUGUUCAGGAGCCAGUGGAGAGGAGGUUUGGUUGAUGAGAUGUCAAAAAAAUAUUCAUGCCUGGUCAUCAAAUUCAAGUGCUUACAUUGCUGCUAGCAGAAUGUGAAGUUUUUUAGAACUACAGAAGUAGGCAAAGUCCUGCUGAAACUAAAAUGUCUAAUAAGACCUUCACCAUGUCUACUGACCAAGUUACGAACACAGUUCCUGCACCUCACAGAGGCCUGCAGCUGGGCCUAUCCCCUGAGAGUUAUGACAGCAACUCAUCCAUGUCCCCGUCACCUGACUCCAACAGUAGUAUUUGCAGCCCGAGUGACAGUGAAGCCAAUGGUUCCCCUGACAUCAACAUGCUGGAGUGCUGCCUCAAUGAUAGUCCCUUUGUGGAUAAACCUAAUAUCUCUCCACAGGGUAAUGUGCUAUGUAGUUUAAGUACAAAUCUAAAUGAAACUUACAUUGCAACAUCUGUCAAUGGUAGCUUAAAUGUUUGGAAUAAAAACUUGAGUCUGUUGAGCAGCCAAGAGACGGGAUCAGAAAAGUACCACACAUUUAGUGAGAACAUGGGGGAUUGUAAUAACACUCCAGUGACCUCUCCACACUCUGCUGGGAGGGAAAGCCACCUGAGUUCAUGUAAAACCUCUUGUAGAGAAUCCACUGAGCACGAUUGUUGCUCCCUCAGUUCUGGUGAAAUGGUGAUGAGGAGGAACAGUUUUUGUGUGGAUGACCAGUCACUAUUGGUAGUCUCUUCCCUGGACGAGUCAUCAAUCUCUCCAGCUGCCAGCCACCAAGCAUUACCUGCUGAAUCUAAGCUUCUAUCAACCACUUUGCCUGAUGUCUGUGAAACAUCUCCAGAAAGAGUCAUGGAGGAAAAUGUGACCAAAACAGGCCAUGUGGGUCUUGGCAUGACUUUCAUUCAGGGAGACAACUGUGAACUCCCCACUGAGGAAAAUGACACUGCAACAUCUAACUAUCUUGCAGCACUGCCAAGUGAGAAUGAAGGUGGUCUUUUCAUGACCUUUGUCUGUGAAACAUCUUCUACAGACAGUGGUCAUUUUAUUAAUACUGGAGCAGAGUUUUUGGCCCCUUUCCGUUUAGCAGUUACACCAGAACAAGGAAACCCCUUUGUGUCCACUCUUUCAGCAAUGCAAGAAAUGGGCAAGCAUAUUCAUACUUCCACUCCAGUACAAAACAUUGACGACAAGAUACCCAGCCUUCCCUCAUUUUCAGAGUCUCCCUGCACUGGCACUGUAAGCAGUCCAGGACUUCACCCUGUUAAGCAGCAGCCGAACUCUGUGAGUCCUGAACACCCUUUGGUUACAGUACUACCAUGUUCAGCUACCAAAGUCAAGUCGAUGGAAAUUAAGAAGUUUCCGAAGUCAAAUUUCAGUAAUGUAAAAUCCAGAGUCCUGACAAGAGCUAUUAAUCAUAUUGCUGUGCCAGGCCCUGCUUUACAACACAAACCAUCACGUAUUCAAGUUAAUUUGACCAAUGAACACACUGAUGCACUUAGAGCAACAGCUAUUCGGAUUAGUCCUGCCAAAGUGAGGAGCAACAAUGCAAUUGUCUCUCCUGCCCUUAAACUAGUCAGUGACACUCAGAAACGAGUAAAUACAGGAGCAGCCAACUUUUGUGUGAAAAUGGUACAGUCACAUGGGCACACUGCUGUAAAUGGACAGGUCAAGAGUAAAGCAUUCCCAUUGGACCACCAGACAGCUGCUAAUAAAAAUGCUUCCACUCUCCAAACAAGUAACACCAGCCCUGAAAUGAAGCAGGCAUCCUCAAGCCAAGUACCAGACAACCCAGUACAUGAUGCUGGCAACCAGACCGUCUGUUUGUCAACCUUAAAAAAAUCCCUUGAAAGAAUAGAUCCCAAACCAGCUCCAAAGAAGGGCAUAUUAAACAAAAUUGGGAUCAGGUCAGGCUCAGCUUUAAGUCAGGACAAAGCUCUUGUCCAUAAAACACGGCCUCGCUGCUCAUCAGAGAGUUCAUCUUCAACUAGGCCACCCAAAGAGAAGAAAAGAACUUGGUGGUUUUCAAAAAGCUUUUCCAUUCCCAAAGUCGACAGCCACCUUGGCCACACCAAAACAGGAAACCAGACCUGCUCUUCCCAGAAUAAACACAACGCACAAGCUGACACCUCAAAGGAACCUGUUGAUAACUCUGGCAGAGCAGUGAAUAAAAUCAGCUUGUUGGUAGAGUCCAGGUCAUCGACAGCAACAGGAGACCCACGGGAAGACAGUAAGAGCAGAUUCUAUAUACGACCAUCUCCUAGACAAACAAGAGGAGCACCACCAGCUAUCAGUCCAAGUGCUGCAACACUGUCAACCAGACCAAGGCAGUUCACCCUAGGCAGGAAUGAGUCCAGGAGCUCCAAAGCUAUUGUGACACCCCAGUCCAAACAGAAGGGCAUUACAGGUAGUCAGAGAAGAGACCCAUCUCUUGAAAGUAUAAAGCCCAAGCCAAAUGGAUCUCAACCUCCCAAGACUCCUACUCGCCCCUCUCUUAUGGGGCCUCCCCCUACUCCUGCUUCUAGACCACGAAGGUCACUGGAACCAUUCAGGAACCUCCCUGAGGCCAGUGUUCGCAGUGAGCUGGGUGAAGGCACUGGAUGUACUAAAGCUGCAUUUGAUGGAAAAGAUGGAAAGCUUGGGAGAAUAUCUGGGGGAACGCCAUACAAACAAACACAAUUAAAAUCUGUCGUGCUGAAAGCAAGGCUCCUCUCAGCACCUGGAAGAAGCACAGAGAAAUCUUUGACCACAGGAUGCAAGUCUGCUGCUCCAACCAGCAAAAGAGCUACAAGUUCUUCCUCCACUCCUCUGAAAAGGUCCGCUUCUGCUAGACUUUUACGACCAACUUCAGACGGACUUGUUGACAAGACCAAACCCAGGGGUACCUCCCAUCAGCAGCAACCAUCCCAACCAAACCAGACUCAUGGACCUCCAGAUGUGGUACCACCAAGUGUCACCAAGGGUGAAAAGAAGGACCAGAGCAUCCAGCAGCUUAUGAGCCUUUUCGCAGCCAGUAACUGCAGAUUUGAGGCACUCACCGUCGUCUUGCAGCAAACAUUGAUCGAGCGAGAUGAAGCCACGCGACAAUGCAGGGAGCUGUCCCAGGAGCUGGUCAGCCUUCGGGGAGAUCUGGUUUCCUACAUCAAUUCAUCUGAGCGUUUGGAGAAAGAGAAGGAGCUGCGUGUUUCUCUGGAGGCUUCUCUGCAGAAACUACAGGAGCAGCACCAGAAGGAUGUGUCUGAGCUGGAGCAGAGGUUGCAGGCCUUCUACCAGGCUGAGUGGGACAAGGUCCACCUCACCUACCAAGAGGAGGCAGACAAGUGCAACACUCUCAUGCAACAGCAGAUGGGGGAGCUCAGAGAUAAUCAUGAAGCCUUGAAGCUGGAACUACAGAGCAGCCAUGAAGAACAGCUGCAGUGUGUGAAACAGCAGUAUGAAGAGUCACUGGAAGAACUCACAAAAGUUCACCAUCAGGAGCUGCAGUCUUUGGACAAAAUGUUGAAAGACGCAGAAUCUUCUCUAUUGGGACAGAUUCAGGAGCUGACAGUAGAGAACAAUGCCCUCAUAGAGAAGCUAACGGCAGAGGAGAAGAGGAGGAAGGCGUUGGCUGACAAGAGUCAGAAGGACUCCCACAGCUUGUACCUGGAGCAGGAGCUGGACAGCCUCAAAGUGGUGCUGGAUAUCAAAAACAAACAGCUCCACCAGCAGGAGAAAAAGCUGAUGGAGAUAGAAAAACUGAUGGAGAAAAAUGUUAAGUUGGAUGAGAACCUUAAGAAGGUCCAGCAGGAGAAUGAGGACCUCAAAGCUCGCAUGGAACGACAUGCUGCCGUGUCAAGACAACUGUCCACAGAGCAGGCCAUGCUGCAGGAGUCUCUUCAGAAAGAAUCCAAGGUGAACAAGCGUUUGUCCAUGGAGAACGAGGAGCUGCUGUGGAAGCUUCAUAACGGAGACCUGAGUAGCCCCCGCAAGGUGUCGCCCACCUCCACCUCCACCUCCCCCUCCCACUCCUUCAACUUCCAGUCACCUCGCAGCUCCGGCCUCUUCUCCAGUCCUCCUCUCUCACCAAGAUAACGAUAGGCCCCUGCUUCCGGGAAGCAGAGCGUCACAUUUGAGUUAUCCCUCCAGAACAUGGAGCCAUGUUUGCUUCCUGUUUGCUUAGCCACACAGCAGUCUGACUUUGGCUCCUGCAGGAUAAGUUGAACUCUGACAAUUUCUGUACAGAAGCGAGAGACUUGAAAAUUGUUGCACAGAAGCACUUAUAAGCAAGGCCACCACGUUUGUUUGCCUUUCACAUCUGAAACUUUGGGUGAGGGGAAAAAGAAAACUCAGGACUUCUAUGAAAUAAAUCACUAUUUUUGUCACUUUUGUUUGUUGGAGGAGGCUUUUUUUUUUCCCUGAAGCUCACAUACAAUAUAUGCUGUAAAGAAAUGCAUGCACAUGUAUACACCUGUGCAGAUUCAGCACUGCAGUGAGAAAGGACUUCUGUGUGUCUCCACAGAUCACAGCUGAGAAAGGUCUGAUUUAGUACAGCUUUGAAUGCAGAGGACUCUGUCCCUCCUCAGGGUGUGUUUUUAUUUUAAAUGUGUUGAAUUCCUGCACCAUUUCUCACAGCUAAGUGCCGUCAUAUUACCAACAUCCCACUGCUACUCGGUCAUUAAACCAGUUUUGCUCAAAAGGGAAUUUUCAUACUGAGUCAAGUUCAGAAAUCUUUAAUCUCAGUAUUUGUUCAUACCAACAGUUAAAAUCCUCUUUGGCCUCAGGUUCAUUCAUUUGUGUGUUUGACUGAUUGACAAAGGGACCAGUCCAAGUCUUUGUGCAUGUGUUUGAGUCUAUCAUCUUUCACUGAACCCUCCUUUACAUUGCAGCUUUAAAUGUGGGGUCUUUGCAAAGAUUUGACCAGAAGAAGCCUUGCUUUCACAGGUCAGAUACACUGCAUCUUGGAAUUGUCUCAAAAAGAGUAUUUUGUGUGGAACUGAUAAUAUUGGUGUGUUGGCCCUGUUUGAAAUAUGCAAUUAAAGUCUUGUAUUAAAA